AUGCCUUCUUUCCGCGCCCAGCACAUUAUUAGCAAGCCUAACAUGGCGCUCAACUCUGCAUUCGCCUUGAACCUCAACCAACCCUCUCGCGCCGACAUCGAUUUCCUUACCGAACCAGCCUGCCGUGCCUUUGACGCUGAUGAUCACAACCGAAAAGCAGACCUAUCUCUCGAUACGAUGGCUUCCUCUUCGAGCAAUGUCGUCGGCGUACACUACCGCGUGGGGAAGAAAAUUGGAGAGGGUUCGUUCGGCGUUAUUUUCGAAGGCACCAAUCUCCUCAACAACCAGCAAGUCGCCAUCAAGUUUGAACCUCGGAAGAGUGACGCUCCUCAGUUGCGCGAUGAAUACCGGACGUACAAGAUUCUUGUCGGCUGUCCGGGCAUCCCCAACGUCUACUACUUCGGCCAGGAGGGCCUACACAACAUCCUUGUCAUUGACCUCCUAGGCCCCUCGCUUGAGGAUUUGUUCGACCAUUGUGGCCGGAGAUUCACCAUCAAGACCGUUGUCAUGGUUGCAAAGCAGAUGCUCUCAAGGGUUCAGACGAUCCACGAGAAGAACUUGAUCUACCGUGACAUCAAGCCCGACAACUUCAUUAUCGGCAGGCCGGGCACGAAGGCCGCAAAUGUCAUCCAUGUUAUCGACUUCGGCAUGGCCAAGCAGUACCGCGACCCGAAGACGAAGCAGCACAUUCCUUACCGCGAACGCAAGUCACUGUCCGGUACAGCUCGUUACAUGAGCAUCAACACCCAUCUUGGCAGGGAACAGUCUCGCCGUGAUGACUUGGAGGCGCUCGGUCACGUUUUCAUGUACUUCCUCCGCGGUGGUCUGCCCUGGCAGGGCCUGAAGGCUGCUACCAACAAGCAAAAGUACGAGAAGAUCGGCGAGAAGAAGCAGACGACCCAAAUUCGCGAUUUGUGCGAAGGCUUCCCCGACGAACUGAACAAGUACCUCACAUACGUACGAAACCUUGGCUUCGAGGACACCCCUGAUUACGACUACCUGCGCGAGCUCUUCACGCAAGCCCUCAAGAAUACGGGUGAGGUCGAGGAUGGCGAAUAUGACUGGAUGAAGAUUUCCAAGGAUUCGGGGAAAGGUUGGGACGGGUCGAAGGGGCACAACAACGCGUACCUGCACAACCCCAACGCUCGACCCGGGCCGUCCCAGAUGGAACUCCACAGCGGUCAGCGCGGCGGCGCGAGCGCAGCCCACGCGCAAGCGCAGAACCUGACGGUCAGCCGUUUAAACGCCGCGCAACCCCCGCCUCCGUCGCCGAUCAAACAAAUGAACAAAGGUCGGCCAAACGCGCCCGGCGCCUUGGGCGCCCAGCGGAGCAGCGGAGUCGGGGGUCUCCGGGACAUGGCGACGCCGGCCGGAUCCACACAGGCGCAGUUCCAGAACAGCAACCGCAACCUGCCUCAGACUGCUCCUCAGCAGGGUCCUGCCCAGCCGGCUCAGCCUAGUGGACGGUCUCCUGAGCCCCAACCUUCCGGCAUGCAGAAGUUCAUGAAGGUCCUUUGCUGCGGUUAG